UAUAGCAGCACUAGAUGACUAAGACCCAGAACCAAAAAAACCCGAUGACUAAGACAAGACCAAAACCAGCAUAUAAUAUUUCAUUUGACUUUCUCUUUCUAGGUUUUUUCCUUUAGUUCAGCCAGAUCAGUCAUAUCCAUGGAGGGAAGAAAUGAGACACUAACACCAGAUUUUAUUCUCAUGGGACUCCUCCCCAGUAUGAAGUGUGUCACCUUCCUUAUCUGUGCCAUUAUUCUGAUCUACUUUGCUGCAGUCCCUGGGAACUUCAUUCUGCCUCUCCUGAUAUGGAUGGAUUUGAGGCUUCACAUCCCGGUGUACUUUCUGCUCAGCCAGCUUUCUCUUGUAGACCUGGCCCUCAUCAGUAGCACUGUUCCAAAGAUAGCCAUCAACUUUUUCUCUGGAGCAAAGAACAUUACCCAUUUUGCCUGUGGAACCCAGAUAUUUUUUUUCUUUACUCUUGGGGGUGCUGAAUGCAUCCUCUUGACCUUCAUGGCCUGUGAUCAUUAUGUAACUGUCUGUAACCCUCUGAGAUACACAGUCAUCAUGAACCAGGGAGUUUAUUUGCAAAUGGGCAUAGUGUCCUGGAUUGGGGGCAUUCUAGCUCCCAUAGCUCACACAUCCUAUACCAUGAGCCUGCCUAUCUGUGGCUCCAGAGAAAUCCACCGUUUCUAUUGUGAGAUGCCAGCUAUUAUGAAGAUCUCAUGCAAAGACACUUCCAGCCAUGAGCUGGUGGUCUUUGUAAUGGGAAUUGUUUUUAUCAUUAUCCUCUUUGGACUUAUCAUGGCUUCCUGCACCCUCAUCUUCCUCACUGUCCUUCAUAUGAACUCUCCCCAAGGCAGGAACAAUGCCUUGGCCACCUGCUCCUCCCAUCUUACAGUGGUAAGUUUUUAUCUGGGACCAUGUGUUUAUAUGUAUAUGACACCAGGUUCCUCUCACACCCCUGAGCAGGAGCAGGCUGUGUCUGCAUUUUGCACUGUCCUCACGCCCAUGCUAAACCCCCUCAUCUACAGCCUGAGAAACAAAGAUGUGGCAGGGGCUCUUCAGAAGGCCCUGGGGAAACAUUCAGUCUCUAAAGAGGAUGCAUAA